AUGGAAAAAUAUUGUCAAGGAACUAGAAACGCACAAGAUGGAAUGACAGAGGUGGAGGAAAACGAAUCGACGAAAUGGAUGGGAUGGUUAGAUCACUACGUCAAAGAAGAAAAGGACAAGGAGCUAAAAGAAUUAUAUAACCGAGCCCUAAGAAAGACUCCCCUAGAGGACUGCGGUCACUCGCAAUUUAACGGCACAAUCCCACCCUGGGACAGGAUAGUAACUGAUAUAAUAGACGGGCUGAAGGAUGACAAGGCAUUAGGAGAGUUACCUUAUUUCCUGGAGGAGUCUGGCGGAAGCCUAAAGUCGAGUAAGUUUCCAGAUUGGCAGAGCCUCUUGAGGAGAAAAAUCUGUCAAGGGGGCGAUGCGUUGACGGAAUGGAUGGGAGCUCUCAUCUGUAUAAUAAAGGGCUUGGAGGAACAGGAACACGACCACCAACCCCCCUGGAACCAACUGCCAGACGCCUGUAGUAACUUCCUGAGAGCCAUUAGUUUAGACCACCACCAGCGGAACGACCCAGGAAACACAGACGGGACACGAGCAGGAUCCGUGGUGACAGAAAAGGGAUCUCCCAUAGCGUCUGAACAAGACAGAACCUCCGUGCUGACGCUAGUCCUGAGUAUUUAUGACGCUUUGACGAGAUUAUGCCCCCUCUGUGGGCCAUAUCAGUUAAAUAAUUGGGUAAAGGACCUGCCCCAGCUUUCGAACGAACAAGCAAUCCUAUAUUGCCGAGUGAGAGAAAAGAGACUAGAAUGUAACCCCAAACUGCCAUAUGAGGGUAACAACAAGGCACAUCUCCUCUAUAGACCAAGCAGGGGGACAGAUCGCAAGAAAAUCCCUGAUAAGGAUCCCCCCGAACGAGCAGAAACUUCACCGAUUGAAGAUGGAAGGCAACUUCAAGAUGCGUCGAAGAAUAGGAAACCCCCACAGCCAUCAGCCAAAGAGGCAAGGGAGGUACCGUCAGAAGACACAGACGCCUCUAGGGGAACAACAGACAAAGGACAAACACAAGGGGCGUAUAUAGCCCAACAUACCUCAGACCAGUCCCUUCUCGCUCCAGCAACUAUGAAGGACCAACAAGCAGAACAGGAUCACCUCGCGAGGAUACCAGCAAACAGUGGACUGCACCAGACUGAGACAAAAGAGUCCCAAAAAGUCGGCGUAUGGAAGCACGGGCAGGGUAGCCAACCCCAGGAGAAGCCUGGGGAAGACUUUGUCGAACACGGGUAUGGGUCAUUGUUACCCCCCAGUCGACGAAGUAAGGAAUUGACUGGGACAGUUGUUGGUUUUGUGGGAGCAAUGAUAUUGGGAGCAGCCGGAAUUUAUGGACUCUGGAGGAUAAAGUAUAGACGAGCGGGGGGCACGCCCAGGACACGACUGAUCAGCCCGAAAUGGGUAGGCUAUACAAGGAGGACCUACGUAGAAGGCUUGGGGGGACUCACCCCAGACCAAGCAGAGGAAGACUAUCCCCAUCAGGCCGGAGUGACCCUGAACGGAACGAAUCGUCACAGCAGACCCAACCUAGACAGUAGGCAGGGAACGUCAGGUGGACAGGAAUUAAUGCAUUACACGGACAGAGGUAGACAGAUGAGGCAUGCGGAGGAGGACAUUACAGGUCCGGUGGAGUUGGGUGUGAGAUGA